GUGAUUUGCGGGCUGAAUUGGGAGGGCGAGAGGAAGCGGGGGGUGCAGCCCCGUCUAGCCGCCUCCCCGUCUAUAAAACCUCCGACACAGACUUCUGUUCCUCCUCUUUCUGUUACCUGGCUAGGGGUAGUGGCUGUGGUCGAGUGAUCGUAUAACCCUGAAACGUAACUAAUCAACAAUGGGAAAAGAAAAGACCCACAUCAACAUCGUGGUUAUCGGCCAUGUCGACUCUGGCAAGUCCACCACGACCGGCCAUCUGAUCUACAAGUGCGGAGGCAUCGACAAGAGAACCAUCGAGAAAUUCGAGAAGGAGGCUGCUGAGAUGGGCAAAGGCUCCUUCAAGUAUGCCUGGGUGCUGGACAAGCUGAAGGCCGAGCGUGAGCGUGGUAUCACCAUCGACAUCUCCCUCUGGAAGUUUGAGACCAGCAAGUACUACGCCGUUGACAAGAAGGCCUCCUCCGGUGGCAAGGUGACCAAAUCCGCACAGAAGGCCGCCAAGACGAAGUGA